AUGUUUCUACCCCAACACAACAUUCGGAUUCGCCAAGCAGAGCAGGAGCCUCAGCUGCCGCAGGAUGACAUUGUGACUGAAGCGCGUGUGGUGGUGGCGGUAGUGACAUCGAUGACCGUGGUGGUCUGUUCAGCGAGGCUGUUCGUACGCCAUUUCGUGGUGAAUAAAUUCGGUCUUGACGACGUGAUGAUUCUGACCUGUGGCUUCGCCACUCUCACCAUAAGCAUCACCUUUUACGGCGGCGGCGAACACCUUUGGAACGUUCCCGCCGAGAACCUUACUACGAUCCUUAAAGUCACCCUCGUCCUCUCGCGUCUCGAUAACUUGCUCAUAUUCCUGAUGCGCACUUUCCCCGACACGUAUAUCCAGCUGACGUGCAAGGGACUGAUGGUAUUCCUCGCGCUGUUCGCCGUCAUCUCCGAGAUCCCGGUGAUAUUCUACUGUCAGCCCGUGCGCGCGUUUUGGGAUACGGCCCAGGAGGGCGCGAAGUGCUGGAGCAGAGACGUCCUGUUUGGGGUGCUCCUCUCUCAGGGAGUGAUAAUGUUCGUGACCGACGUCAUAAUUCUGCUGCUGCCGAUCCGCCCGCUGUGGAGGUUGAGACUGCCACUACGCGAGCGCAUACCGCUGGUGGGACUGUUCGCGCUCGGCGGCUUUGCGUGCGCCGCUUCUAUCGUCCGCUUCGGAACGCUGACUUACACUAUCGACGAGGUUGACUUCACGCACUCGCUCGUCUACUGCGCGAUCUGGAUGAACCUCGAAUUCGGGUUUGGGCUGAUGGCAGGGUCUCUACCGUCGCUGAGGGUUUUGCCGGGGAUAAGAGUGUUUCUCGGGUAUCUCUGGCGAAAUCCGGGGAGCAAUGGCGAGACCGG